UUAUAAGAACCCGUCACACUGACAAACGGGGCUCCUUAUUCUCUCGAGGUAGGGAGACACACGUUCUUUUUCCAUCGCAAUGAUCAGGGACAGGCUGGCAGGAGGACUUCAUUUUUGAAUCUUCCGAUUUAAUUGGGUAAGACUAAAAGGAUAUUAUAAUAAGGUAACUCAUAGAACCGCUAUUGACAUUGCGUGGAUAAGGGAAAAGAGCUAGUCAGCUGUUCGGGUAUUCUUAUGUCCAAAUGAUCUUAUUAUUAGUUGGCAUUACGGCUCCGUAGGACUUGAUCACUCCUUAAAGCUCACUCAAAAGGGAGAGCCCGGACACCCUGCGGAGGAAACUCAUUUUGGCCGCUCGUAUCCGGGAUCUUGUUCUUUCGGUCACGACCCACAGCUCGUGACCAUAGGUGAGGGUAGGAACGUAGAUCGAGAGCUUUACCUUUCGGCUUAGCUCCUUCUUUACCACGCCGGAUCGUGGACCAGAAUUUCCUCAAAGCCGUCCGGAAGUCUUUUUCCAUGGCCUCACCGAACUCCGACCACAAAGUCGAUCAUCGAACUGCAACCUAGGGUGUCCUGGUGCCAAGUGCAUGUGUGGAGACCCUUAUGCUUGAACAUGAUGUUCGUGAUGGACAAUCCAUGGUGAGCACAGAAGUCCAAUAACAGAACACCGCUCGGGUUCUGAUCGGCGGGGGGGGCGUUCCUCCCAAUCACGCCCUUCCAGGUCUCACUGUCAUUGCCCACGUGAGCAUUGAAGUCCCCCUGUUGGGGCACAAUCCUUUCGGGCUGUGCCCCAUGGGUGCAGGCGAGAGAAUUCAAGAUCAACAAAUACAUGGUUCGCAAGUGGAAGAAGCAGGAAAACGAGCUUCGCCAAGUCAAGAAGACGAAGUUGAGUUUCCGCGGAAACACUGCGAGGUGGCCCGAGUUGGAAGACCAACUCGAGCAAUGGAUUAAUGAGCAAAGCCGGGAGAAGCGUCUCUCCAGUCACCAUUCGACUGAGCGCAAUAACUUGGACCUUGCCAUCAUUCCGGGAGGCUUGACGAAGGAACUCCAACCGCCGGACAUGCGUGUAAACAGGGCGUUCAAAGUGAAUUUGCGAGCGCCGUCGGAGCGAUGGAUGACAGAUGGCCAACACAGCUUUACUAAGACUAGGAGGCAGCGAGUUACGCCGCAAUUUGUGAAUGGAUUGUGGAUGCUUGGGCUAAAGUGUCUGCUUGCACUGUUGUUCGAGCUUUCGUAAAAGCCGGCAUCAUUUCUGAGGAGCCGCACGGCAACGACAAUGACGAGAGGGAACCUGGCGUGUUUGAUGGAGAACUUGCCCAGCUGUUCAUUUCGGAUGCAGAAGAUGAGGACUUUGAUGGAUUUGUGGAUGAGGAUUGAUCAAAAAUAUAACGGCAUUUUUUUCUCCCUAAUUCACGACUAGAAGAAACUGGGGAAAAUGUACCUGGCGUGGCUAAAUCUCGACCCAUCCUCACAACAUCUGGCCCAACUUACCCGUAACACAGUGGAUCCAGGAGUGAAACCACAACAGAGUGCAACUUCUUACGAAAAUGGACCGACACCAAAAUGGGAAAGCACACAAGUUUCUCAUCAGACAGCCGGAGGGAAGCAUGUUGGCUACCAGAGGACAUUUGUUAAUAUUCAUAAGCCUUCUUGCAAUGUGCAAGGAGGACAGCCUUUCCAUGGAGAUGGAUGUCAAAAUACUGUUAAUAAUUCAUCAAUUAAAAGCGGGUCUGACCUUAUGUUAAAAACGAUGUGUUAUCAGGAUGAGAAGAGACAAUUUACAUUGGAAUACAGACCAACACCACCUACAUCCAAUAGUAACAUGUCUUCUCCUGCUCUUCAACAUAGCAGGAAUGAGGGCUUGCAUGAAGCGUAUAACAAAGUUUCAUCGAGACCUAAAUUAGUCACCUUUCCAACAGCGACCACACUUCAAGUGAUACAGGAGGUUUCAAAGAGAGGAGCUCAAUCCUCUUCUGCGCACAACACAGGCAUUUCAGUCGACAAAACUAAAUACACAUUGUAUCCUUCUGCCCAUACUGGAAAUGUUUUCUUCAAUCUCAAAAAUGUUGUUGUAAGACCCCCAUCUACUGGACAAAGUUUGCAGGUUUCCAGCUUGAAUCAGCCAACAAAGCAAUUUUCAUCCACAGUAUUUGAUGGCAGUCAAACAAAUUCCUCCCCAGCAGCAGAGAUGAGGCAUAAUAUAAUUGGGACACCUCUACUGGGAUCCAGUUAUCAACAAACCGCAACACGACAGCGUGAACGACUGGUUACCGCUGACUCAAAAGUUGCACGUUUGACAAAAUCACUUCCACUCCUAUCGCGCUUGAUACUGGCCCCUGGAUCAGUGACCGAUAGCACACAGCCGUUAUCGACUAAUAAUCUAAAUGACAACUCCAGUUCUGCAAGAGUUGUCGCUGUUGUGCAACCAUUGUCGCCACAUUGCAAUACGAUGACCUGUGCAAGCAAAAGUCCCGCAACACACAACUUUAAUGUACCCACUGUGGACACACAGAACAAGAUGACAACUGAGGAUUGUAGGAAUCCCCUCGAAAGACAAAUUCAGCUGUCCAACAAAUCUCUGAGUAUGCACAUGUCAGCUACCGGACAUGCAGAUGACCUUCUAUGUGAAGAAGUGAGUGUGCAUACAUCAGCUACCAAACAAUCAGAUGACACGCUGAGUAAAGGCCAUUGUAUUGGAGCAUGUGCGCCACAGCGUGUCAACGUUGAAGCUCCAGAAAAAGACAAGUGGGCGAGUAACAAAGAUGAGAUGCCACUAAAUGCGAAGGCCAGCAUUUUUCAACUGUCCGCUCUCCCAACCACAAAGUGGACCUUGAAAGAAUUGGCUUUGUUGGGUGAAGGAUUGGAGAUGCACAAUGCACCUAAAAAUGAUGAUUUACGAAAACAACUAUUGGUCAUGUUUUGGGGUGGGAGUGUUAAAAAUUUGGUUAGUAUUCUUAAGGCAAAGUCCUAUUCGGUCUUGCUUAAUUGUGCUCAUUCAUUUUGUGCCCAUUAUGGGAGAGAAGACGCUGUUGUGCUGUCACAGGUGGACUCCUCGUUUGCCGAUCAACUCCAGUACUUUCAUGUUCUUAAAGAUGGAGAGGUUUACACAGAACCGCCCUACACGUCGUCAUGGUUGAAUAAAAAUGAACAGCUGGAUGAUAUCGACAAAGAAUUCGGCCCGAAUAUUUCCAGAAAUGUGAGUGACAACCAGCCCGGUCCAGUUAAAAGAGUCACCGACAUUCCAACACCAACUCUUCCUAAGGCUCCCAGACUUGACCUUGAAACAGUCGACAAAGAAUGUAAUGACUCUCUCUACUUAUUCAAGAUUGAAGUUUUGCCACCAGAAGAGGCAAAAGCUAUCUUUGAGCAAGGCCAUGUAAUGAUGUCACAAACUAAACCAAGUAUUAGUCAACCAGAGGAAGUCACGAAUACUUUGGAUGCAGUGGUAGAUGAGCCUGUCCAAGAGCUACAUGUUACAAGCGGCUCCAAAGUAGAUGGUCCCAUCCAACAUUUCUGCUGCAUUGCAAAGUGGAAAGAAAGCAUGUUUGGUUCCAAAACUCUGUUGAAGGAUAAAUGCCAGUGCAACGAAGAGCGAUGCAAACCUACUAAGAAGCAAGAACAAAUGAACUGUCAACAGUUUACAAUGGAACCUGAUCUUCAAUCUCAUUCGCUGGACAAAGACAUGGAAUCGGACAGUGAGGAGAAAAGGACCGCCAGCCUUCCAACAAUAAAUUGGCUUGAAAUAUGCAACGAAAUCAGUGGGACCUUUGAAUUAAAUGACGACGAAGAAACAAAUGAUCUGCAUGAGCAACAGCCAAGAGAGAGCCAGCCCACAAUUGUAAGUGUAAACAAAGAAAACGUCUCCAACUGUGAGAAUAUUACCAACCGCAUUCCUGACAUUGAAGAGGGUUGCAACAAAGCUCAGCUGAAAUCUGCAGAAAGUUGCCAGUCAACUGAUAGCAGCAGCAGGAGUUCUGAUCGUUGGACCGAAAAUCAAAUUGAGACUCCUAUAUCACCCAUCGAUGAACAUGGUGGACAAGCUCCAAUGGCAUCAAAGUCACCAUUGGAUACUGAACAAAUACAAUGCAGUGCAAAGCCUGGAGAUCAGACGGAUGUCCGUAAACCUAAAGCACAUGAGACUGAUGGAAGGAAACGGAAGAGACGUAACAAUGCUAACAGUGUUUUUCCUUACCUGAAGAAGUUGAUGAACAAAAACAUGGAUUCACAUGAAGUCGAAGAUGUUUCAAAAACUAAGAUUGUUGUUGGCUCCGAUAGGGAAACUUUGGCAGACAAGAGAACUGUCCAGCUGAAGCUGUUUGGCUCACUACCACAGGAAAAGUGUAUUUUAGUUCAUCGACACAAUGAAUCAACAACACCGCCGAACGUUGUUUACGCAAGGGUUGACGAGCAAAAACUGGAUAAAAGUGGCUUAAACUCAUUUGGUUCAGCUACAAAAAGGACUUUAUCUCAAACUAAAAAAAAGCUUGGAGCCAAAAUGAAAGCAAUUAGAGACCGACAAAAGAAAUUUGGCUCCCAAAAUUACAAGCCUGUUGUUGACCAACAAAGAAAGUCUUUUAAACAUGACCGAAGAACGAAGGAAACUGGAACCCAGGCAGUUUUGCCCAUCCAGGAGAAUGUCUUGAAGUUCAGUGUUUUGCCCAACAGCUUCAGCUUUGAAGAUGAAUCAGCGGGUGAGAGAGAGCGCACCGAAAAUUCUUCAGAUGAACCUCUCUCAGAAUCUGGAAAGAAAAGCCCUAAUAAAAAGAGCAGAGUGGAUGUGUGGAGUCAUUUUCCCGUAAAGGAGUCGUCUUCUGUACACCCUGUUCCUGGGUCCAAAAGCGCUGACGUCUUCGCAGAGUAUCAGAAGAAAUACACAGAGAAGUCACAGCCAUCAGUUACUCCGUAGAGAGAGGCACAUUUCAAUGAUUCGUGUGCGAUUCUUUUUGUUUCUGCUUUUCUAUCACUAUUUAACACUACACUGUACAAGAGGUCUUAAGUUUUAUGCACGUUACCUCUAGGCAUGCUCCCUAAUGCCUUAUGUAAACAUUUGUAUAUAGUAUAUAUUUUAUAUUUUGCCAUGUUAAUAUUUUUGUUUACAUUUCUCCUGUAUUUUACCUGAAUUAAAUGUGAUAGUUUCAAUGUUUAAUGCAAUAAAAACAAUCAGUUA